GCAAUAUGUUAUUCCAGUGACUAACGAUACUAAUUAAAUCACUUCUUAUUACCUCUAGAAUACUAGUAUCAUGUAUCCAUACAGCUCAGCCCUCGUCACUUUAUCGACUCGCUGCUCAACACACGUGUGAGAGAAUGAAACCAGACAACAGAGCAGCUAAUGUAUAUAUAGCUGCAAAGACUUAACAUAUCCCUCUGCGAUUACCUAUGAAGUGUUUUUGAAGCUCUCAUAUUACUAUCCUAGAUUCGCAUCGUAAAGAUGUCAAGCCGAAACGUCUUCAAUAUGCUAGAGGUAAUACAGGGGAUGCGGGGAGCUCAGGCGCAACUUUCACGGCAACCUCUCGAUUAUGGCUGCUCGCAGUGGAUAUUGUGUAGCCAACGCGCAUCAAACCUGUACCGAGUAGGGGUUAAACUCUGGAAAAAGGAGGAACUUGAGAAAAUCGAACGAGAACUUGCACAAUCUUCUAAAGUAACUAGAUUUACAGUUCACCUUAUUGAUGGUCGCAUAGUUCAUAUAAGAAAUCCGAUGUAUGGGGAACCGAGGCCAAUCUGGCAACCGUAUGUCGAGUUUCGUGAUUAUUGGCGGCUCGUCAAAGAGGAACCGAAUAAAUCGCCAGGAAUAUACCUUUGCUCGUACUUGGUUAACUGGAACAACUUGGUUGCGCGAGACUACGAGAAGCGGAUUGAGUUUGCCGCAUGGCUUUUCGAUGACAUGGGGCAUACUUGGAAUAAUAGCGAGACCUGCAAGUUCUUCAAAUCACUGGUUUGUAAGCUCUUGAAAACCAUGAAAGUGACUAAAGUCAUUUGUUUCGGCUUAGGCGAUAUAACUCGCAAUCCUCCCGUGUGGUGGACAAAACAGAAUUUCCAAGAAGUUCAAGAGGCAGAUAGUGCCAUUGUGGAAACCCGGGCGGUACAGCACUCCAUGGCUUUGACAUUAGCAGAAACUAUCAGCCAAGAGACGGGACGGGACGUGCGAUGUAUGGCGCAAGAUCCCGAUUACACAGACGAAACGAAGAAAAUAUUGAGGGAGAAUGGCUUCGAAAUUGUGGGACAGUUUGGAGCUGGUGGCUUUGCAGAAGUUGAUGAUGAGUCUGCAGUGAUCUCAAUUUUCCCCAAUGCACCCGUCAAGCAAAUUAUCGCUGACAUUGCACAGCCUGUGCUGUUCAUCAGAGCUGCUGGUGAUGAAGCUUUUAAUGAAAAUGGGAAGCCGUACAUUGACGCAGAAUCCCCGCGCACUGAACAGAUGUGGCGGCAAUAUGAGUGUUUAGACAUUCCUACCUUAACGGACGAAGCCAGACUAAAAGUUGAGUUGGACAAGUUGAAGGUAUAUACUAGAGUUUCGGAAGUUCAUGGCAGUGCGGAAAGCCUCUACAUGUAA